UCUCACUCUCACCUUCAACCCCAAAUCGCUGCCACCCAUGGAAAAUGAACCACCAAACCCUACCCAAGAAGAAGCCCUAGAUUCCGACCCAGCUCUCCAAAAGAAGCACCAAUCCAUGCUCGACCGCCUCACCCACCGCCACCAAUCCCGCCUCGACACCACCCUCACGCGCCGCGCCGCCGCCGACUCCUCCGACCCCUCCCCAUCCUUCGAGUCCACCUCCGCCUUCCUCUCCCGCUUCUCCACCUCCAAGUCCUCCGUCGACUCCCAACUCGCUCAGUGCCGACUCACCGAUCCCGCUCACCUCAAACCCCUCCUCGACCAAAUCUCCGCCUCCAUCUCCGACCUCGAGAAGCUCGUCGCCGAGAACUCCUACUUCCUCCCCUCGUACGAAGUCCGAUCGUCGCUCAAAACGAUCUCCGAUCUGAGACAAACCCUAGAGAACCUGAGCGCAGAUUUAUUGCCGAAGAAGAAAUUCUCUUUCAGAAACAAAGGCGCCAAGAAAACCGAGCCAAAGGAGAAGGAGAACGAGAAAGAGCCGGAGAAAAUGGAGUUCAUAGUUCCGGCGUCGCCGGGGAUUUGGAACAAGAAAGGGGAGACCUUAGUGAGGAAGUUUCAGUGCUCGGAAGUCGGAGAAUUCACGAUUUCAGACCUGGAUUCCUGCGAGGUGAGGCUUAUGGGGUCUGUGAGGGCCCUAUUUGUUCAUAGAUUGAGGAAUUGUAGGGUUUAUACUGGCCCUGUGACCGGUUCGGUUCUGAUUGAAGGAGUUGAAGAGUGUGUUUUUGUUAUGGCUUCUCAUCAGAUUCGAAUUCACAAUGCAAAGAGGUGUGAUUUUUAUCUGAGAGUGAGGAGUAGGCCUAUAAUUGAGGAUAGCUGCGGCGUGAGGUUUGCGCCAUACUGUUUGAGGUAUAAUGGGAUUGAGGAAGAGCUUAGGGAGACUAGUCUUGAUGAGGAGACGGAGAAUUGGGCCAAUGUGGAUGACUUCUUGUGGUUGAGGGCAGUUCAGUCGCCGAAUUGGUCUGUCUUGCCGGAGACUGAGAGAGUUGGUUUGAUAGAUAUUUCGAGUUCACAGGAAAGUUAAGCUGUUACCGGUUUUGCUUGUUUCUAGUAAGAGGACAAAGCACGUGUGGGUAAACAGUAUGGCUAGGGUGGGAUUAGAAAGAUAGAAAUUGAGAGAAGGUUUGUAGCUGCUUUAGUGGGAAUUCCCAAAUGAAGGGAGGAGAAGAGAGAGAACAAGUAAGAGAGGAGACACCAAAGCACCAGGCCUUCAACAACACUUGAUUUUUGAUAAUUCCAAUCUGGUCUCCUUCAACAACACUUGAUUUUUGAUAAUUCCAAUCUGGUCUGAUUUACAGCGGAUAGCGGUAUUACCAAUACAUCUCCUGGACUUAUUAAAAGAGUCUCUAUAUAAGACUCAAGCAAAUAAUCGUAAUAGAACUUAACUA